CCAUUCGACGACGCCUGCCGCCCUAUGCCUCCUCAGGCCCCGGUCGCGCGUCCGUGCCAACAGCUGCAGUAUCAUGAUGAUGAUCUACAACCCGAUCUUCCUCCAGCUCGACUCCACGCGCCCCAACCCUUGCCCUGCCUGCAUGGCCUGCUCCUCCUCUCUACCCGCCCGGGACUUAUACAUCCCGCCGGCCUCUCUCUCGUUGUCCAUCUUCUUCUACUCUACUUUUCACUUCUCUUCGUCACUGUCGUUGCUGACAUACUAUCCACUUGCCUUCCCCAUUGACCUCCCUUACACCUCCAUUCUGCCUGUCACUGCCACUCACCAAGCUUUGUGUAUGGCCCGCUCACGAUUCGGGAAGGCGCAACUCUGAGGCAGCUCUUCCCCGAAAGCGACUGCAUUGGGACAGCCACUUCUCCACACUGCACCCAACGCCACAUCACCGCUGCCUCAAUGUCUCUUGCCUAUUCCGACACGAGCACCAAAGCCGCCACCCGGGGUUCCCUGGGCGCGCUGGUUGCUCCCAUCAACGCCAUCUUCGUUUCCCGCGAUGCAGCUCGCCGGAACAGUGCAGACCGCGCUGCCUCGACCUCUUCCUCUCUGCCAAACCCCCGCUCUCGACGAACCCACUCCACUUCCAAUGCAACAAUGCUGUCAGUGGAGGACUACGACGGUCUAUCCUCAUCGAUCAAGAAAAAGUAUUUCUCGCCAGCCGAGCGACUGCACAUUGUCCAGCGCACCGCAAGCUCCAGGCGGCGAAAGCGGACCCGCGCCGAUCCAUACCGCCCAUCUUCGCCCUUCCAGAACACCGACUUUGACAUUCGACCCGCCACCUCGACUGGCGUGAGUCUAUGGAGGCGUCCGUCUCAGUGCCCCGAGCAUGGCGACCCCUCGGCCCUGGCCGCCGCCCUGGAUCCCGAUGCUAUCUCCGAGGAACAGGCUCGGUGGUAUCUGGGCCUGCCGGAGAAGAUCAGGAGGCAACAAUUCACCCGGAAGGAGCAGAUCUCCCUGGCCGUGCGAUGCAAGAGAGCCCUCAACGACACCGCUCCGGACUUUGCCGACGAUGCACUCCGCCGCUGCUUAAAUGGCAGGCGCCAGGAUAACUUGGAUAGACUUACAUCGCAGCGAAGGAGGCAGUCUCUUGCAACAGUCGACACCGAAAUCUUGAUCGACGACGUGGACACGCUCAACGAGUCUCAAGGCCAUCGUCCAUCUGAUUCGUUCGCGACCCAGAUCGAGAUCUUCAGUUUGUAUGCCAACCCUGACCCACAUGCAGCCACCGACCCGGUCAGCAUCCCUCCACCUCCGCUCCCGGUGACAGCGUCGGCGGGGAAGCCGCGGCGGACGACGUCGUUCAGUCGAGCAGCCACAUUUACUCCCAUCUCGCUUCCACCCCCGCAACUCGCACCCGUCCCUGCCAUCCCUCCACUGCCGCCCGCCCUCCACCCACAAAGCUUCGCCUCGCCUACAUCAUGGGUUGAGGUCACCGACAACGAGUCCAGCCUGACAGCACAAGGCCGGAUGAACGAAAAUCGGCCAUACCAACAACCAGACGUCCGCAAGCAGCUUCGCCACCACCUCUCUCCCGAAAAGUUCGAUGAGGCUCUUGAAUUCGGCUUCUCUUUUCCCGAGGACCGUGAGCAUGGCGCCCUGUCGGCGGCAGCGGAGCAGUCGUCACCAUCCCAGCCGCCGGCACUGUGCUACACCAGCGAUGAGGGAGAGGAAGAUUUCUCUGACACUCUCGAGGCUGCAGGGCCGCGAACGCCCACGACUGUCGCCGACAACGUCUUUCCUACUGUAAUGCGACCAUCUUUCGACUCGAAUGGAAGAAGCUCGCUUCGGCAGCCUUCAUUGACCGCCAUGACGCCCCCCAAAUCCCGGAGUCCGUGGGGCAGUGUGGGCAAUCGAGAGAUGACGAUUCACAUGACGCUCACCCGGCGCGAUCUUUUGGAUGUCGAGCGAGUUGACCCGCUCGCGCUGGAGCCGCUCCCCAUCUGUGACGAUCCGACAGGGGCGCACGGGGCUUUUGCAGUGGGCCAUGGUAAAAAUCCGCGCGGGCUUCGAAGGAUGUGGAAUUCGUUGAGGGGACAUUGACGACGGGCAUCCUGGCCUCUAAGCUGCACAUUCCCUCGCUUCUUGUGGUUUGAUUUGACUGCAUUUGUCUAUUUUGCAUUGAUAUCCCAAUGGAGAGAAGGCAUAGUAUCCGAUGAUAUGAGCAUAUGGAGACGGACGAUUCACGCAUGCUGGGGACGAGAGCAUUGUACACAUUUCAAAAGCGCAUGUAGAUUACGAGCUGUCUAUUCCGGUUAUGUCACUACCACAUUAAAGACCGCUACACUUGUCUUGCC